UGGCUGCGUCAGAGUUCGCUCGUUCCUCCCAUAGAGUUUAAUUCCUCCGUUCUCAUCUGAUUACGCACUGCUGAGCGUCUCCGAAGAAAAUUUUACUGCACAUUCUUGCCAGCUAACCUCAUACUCAUACGGAAUCGGUGGACGAACUCAGCGAUGCAUUCCGGCAGCAAUGGCAGCGAUCCACGUCGUACAGACAGAAUUAUCAGGUACAAGCCUCCCGCAGCCGGCACACCCGGAGAUGACCCCACGCCGGAUUACAUGAACGUCCUCUCCAUGAUAUUCAGUAUGUGUGGUCUCAUGCUCAAGCUCAAGUGGUGUGCCUGGGUGGCCUUGUACUGUUCCAGCAUCAGCUUUGCCAACUCAAGGAUAAACGACGACACCAAGCAGAUACUGAGCAGCUUCAUGCUGUCGAUAUCUGCCGUCGUCAUGACGUACCUGCAAAACCCUCAGCCCAUGACCAUGCCGUGGUCGUCGUGACGACGACACCAGCCCCGCCUGCUUCCUCAGUCUUUUUGACUGCUCAGUCUGGGAUAAGCGACAGUGUGACAGCCACGCCACGGGACUGGCGCUGAAGUCCUGCCCUCGGAUGCAGUAUGAACAGCCGGAGCGUCUGGUUGCAAGCCGGGAAGUCCUUCCACACUCCAGAAUGCAUCAGGGUUUUCCGAUCAACAAGUGCCAACAGAUUUUUAGCAGGAAGGCGGGCAUCUCACUAAACUUCAUUUGUUUGGGUGUAGAGGUGAAAGAAAAAUGAAAUACAGGAACAGUCAUACUUCA